GCACGCUGCCGGAUCUUGUCGGCGAUUUUCAAUGAAGAAUGUUUUAUUUUUCGUAUCUUCGCUGUAAUUGGACAUCGACCACGAAUUAUGUUUGUGAGAACAGUCGCCUGUAAGGUGCUUGAACUUUCAGGAAUAAUUGCUUGACGGAUUCGUCUGACAUGGACUCAGUGGAUAAAUAAAUCACACAUUCUAUCGAUACCAAAAGGCUAUAUUUUGUCCUGUCACUCAGUUUAUUUACUGUCAUUUUUGCUGAAAGUCCGAUGGACCGAGAAUCUUCACACAAUAAAAUACACGCACAGAGGAAUUAAUGAAGAACUUAUCGUUUGGGAUAAAAAUCAUACAGGGUUUGGAAAUCUCACAAUGAGGCUGAAAUCAUCGAGGUUAGGUUACCUAUUCCUUCAAUUCACGACUCUGUGUUUUUAUACUCAGAUGACGAUGCAGUCCAUCUCCGUACCCAAUUUUAAGCACCACGUAACGGAGCAGAGUCGUCUAUCCGACAGGAUGAGUCGGAGAUUAACAAGGACUUAUCAGCUCUAUAGCCGGACCAGCGGAAAACAUGUACAAGUCCUGGGCAAUAAGAGGGUCAAUGCCAAUGGCGAGGAUGGAGAUAUUCAUGCUAAACUUAUUGUGGAAACCGACACGUUUGGAAGCCGGGUUCGAAUCAGAGGAGCAAAAACAGGAUACUACAUUUGCAUGAACAAGAGAGGCAAGCUUAUUGGACGGAGGAAGGGCCGUGGCAGGGACUGCAUAUUCACUGAGAUUGUUCUGGAAAAUAACUACACGGCUUUGCAGAACGCUAAGUACAAAGGCUGGUACAUGGCCUUUACACGCAAGGGCCGACCCAGGAAAGCCAUGCAGACUCAGCAGCACCAGCGAGAGGCUCAUUUCAUGAAACGUCUUCCUCGGGGACACCUGUUAACAGAAAGGAAGCCUUUUGAUUUAAUCCCAUAUCCCAUCAACAAGAGGACUAAGCACCAUCAACGCACAAGCGCGAAUUGAGAAAAGGGCAGUAUCAUAUCUUAUACUGGAGUGCUAUCUUAAUUUGAGUUAAUCUAAUCUAUGUGCAUCCAUAGUUCUGGACAUCAUGGCAAACUGAUGCUGUGUAAAAGAAAAAGAAAAAAGGAGGCUGUACAGAUGGACGACUGUACUACGAACAGUUUGUUCUGGGACAAUUACUGAACUGUUGACUGAACAGAGGACACCGUAAGCCUUGUAAUAAUGAGCAACACAUCUCUGGGAAUACAACAAGACAACAGAACACAUGACACACAAAC